UUGUCGGGGAGAGAGAGAGAGAGAGCUCGAUAGCGAGGGAGCAAUGGCGGAUGUUCAGAGAAGAAGGCCGAUGCAGCCACCACCGCCGAGAGGCCCGCCUGGUCCUGUUCAGCCCAAGGCCCCCACCCGGUCCGAACCCGUCGAUCGAGAGAAGACAUGCCCACUGUUGCUUCGUGUUUUCACCAAGAUUGGAGGCCAUCACACUGAGAGUGAUUUUGCUGUGAGAGGGAAGGAACCUAAAGAUGAAGUUCAGAUUUAUACCUGGAUGGAUGCUAAUCUACGUGAACUCACUGAUCUGGUUAAAGAAGUGGCUCCUGAGGCACGAAAAAGAGAUGCUAUGCUGUCCUUUGCUUUUGUCUAUCCCGAUAAAAAUGGCAAAUUUGUAGUUAGAGAGGUAGGAAAGACAUAUUCUAUUCCUAGUGGGAGAAGACCAGAUAGUGGCAACCAAACAUUGAGUGAUCUGAAAUUUGAGAUAGGUGACUACUUGGAUGUGGCAAUUUACUUUAACGAUCUGAUGCGGAAAUGAAACCAUGCUAUCACCUAGUUUAUGUUGUGUUGUUUUAGCUUUUCCAGAAGUGUGUCAUGCUAGCAGGCUUGGUUUUCCAAGUUCCUAUAUCCAUAUUUGACUCUGAUUGUAACAUGUAUUUUUGUGAUGAAGUAGUGAGACACAUAUUUCAAUCCCUCUCAA